AUAGUGAUGCCUGUAGUGGGAUUGUAGAAACUGAUAAAGAAAGUUGUGCCGAGGCUAUAGAUGCGACUAUAAAGACGGAUAAAAACAUGGGAUCAAACUCUACAUCACAUAAUAACCAACCUAUUGCCAAUGUAGUUCGCAAUACGAAGCGCGUGCCAACUGGUAUAUUCACCAGAGGGAUAAAGGCAAGCGAGACCGCACAAUCAAUAUUGCACAGCGAAGUUAAACCAGCUGACAGCUAUUUCAGUGAUUCAUCGGAUUCAUCCGACCUAUCUGAGCCGCUUUCUACCUUUUCUGACUCUGCAUUGGAUGAUGAGAGCUGUAGUUCACCCAGGAAUUACACCGAUGACGAACUGCUUGCUAUGAAGUACCUAAUGAUAGCAACACUAAAGACUAAAUUCACAUCAUUGGGCGCAGCUUUCCAGUGCAUGGAUAUUGACAAUUGCGGUGCAGUAGAUCGCGAUUCAUUUUUCAUGUUUGUUGAAAACCUUUGUAUCGCAUCAUUCGAGAAUUCUGAUAUGCCAUACCUUUUCGACAUGUUAAAGGAUGCUUCCAGCGAUGCAAUAACAAUGUCGUCUCUAUAUCACAGCAGCGGCGAAACCAUAACUACCACCAAGGGGUUACACGACAGGUUACAGCACGCAUAUGGAAGCGCACGUUUAGCAUUUGUAAAACAGUGUGGUCCUUUAAAGAUGAGCACGACUUGUUCCGAUUCAGAUUUCGUUGCCAUGUGCACCAACAUUGGUGUACCCGAAGCCACAGCUCGGGACCUAUUCAAGAAGUUAGACGUAUGUGAUAAUGGCUAUGUUACUGUAAUGACAAUGUUGAAGCUGAUGUGCGGUGACUGGACUUUCGAGGACGCUGUUGCAAAGGAAUCUGUUGCUUCAUCGAGUUAUAACCAGAUAUUAGGAUAUUGGACAACCGACGAUUACGAUAGUUUCAGGAAAGAGCUAAAGGAUCAUGAGAGUUCGGUCUUUGAUGUUCUCGAUUACGGUGUAGACGUUUCAUUGGUAGACAAUACCUGGGAAGAGCCCUGCAGCCUGGCUGACGAGGGUAAUACCAUAAAGCGAUAUAUGGAUUUAGUGAUUAAACCGGCAAUUACUGCCCAUCCGUACUAUAAAUCAUUAUCUUUGGUACAAAAGCAAUAUAUUGCAACUCUAUUAACGGAGUCGCGUCAAAAGAGUGGUUCUGUUGUUAUUGCUCAGGGUGACAAGGAUUUUCCCCUGUAUCUACUGUUAUCUGGUCUUUUGGAGUCGUCAUACACUACUUAUAUUUUCGUGGAAUCCUACAAAACAGAGGUUGAAGUUGGUACAUGGUUGGAUUUCGACAGUUUGGUGAAUAAACAAGUUGCAACCAUGACAUACACCGUUAGCGAUACGGAUGAAGCACUAUUAGGUCGCAUUGAUCGUCGCAAGUUCCACGAAACUGUUGUGCCAAUGGUUGAAACACGUAUUAAACGAGUGGCAGUAAUUGCCACCUUCCUUUCUAAGGUUUCCUGUCUGGAAGGUCUGGAUGAUAAUGACAUUCAUCUUAUAGCGUGCGCUAGCGUUGUACGCAAGCGUAAGAUGCACGAAACAAUAUAUCGUCAAGGUGAUAAACCAGACUGGUUCUAUAUAAUCUUUGACGGUUCAGUUGAUCUAUGUAUGCCAGGAUCACGUGAUAAUACAGCUAUCACCCUUUUUACAACAUCGCUAUUGGGUACUGAAGAAGUCAUUAAUUCAAUGCCGGCUUAUAGUAAUACGGUAAUUGCAAGCUCAUCUACAGUUCUGUUACUUGGAUGGCCUGCUGGGUCAUUUAAAUCAGUUUUUGGUGCAGCUUGCGAGCGUAUUAAGGAUGCUUCUUUGAAGGCACAUUCGCAAUGUUGCCAUCUGUUCAGCCAGAUGCUGGAAGCUUCUAAGAAUGCAGGUACAAAAUCUAGCAAGUCGGUGUCAUUUUCACCCGAUACAGCUGAUAACAAUGUUUAAUUCCAAUAUUUUUAAUAUUAUAUGAGCAGUUUUUUUUAUCUUUGCACAUGGGACCCUCUAUAAGGGUC